CAUAUCAACAUCCGGCAACGCAUUGGUGAUUUAUAUAUACAUCAAAUCACCUUUAGGAAAAACAACUGCCAAUUUCUUGUUGCUUUCUCUUUCUGUAACAGAAACGAUAAAAUGCACCCUGGUACAGCCUGCUUUCUUCAUCUGGAAAGCAAUGCAAGUGGCAAAACUCGAUUUCUGCUAUCCAUAUUUAUUCACAAUAACCGCAAAUCAUUUUUGCACUUUAUCCUCCUUUCUUCACACUUGCUUCCUGAUCACCAUUGAGCGCUAUCUCUCCGUCUUCAAACCGAUACUGCAUCGGAAACCGAUCGUAAAACGAUCGUUCCAGAUCGCAGCAACGGCGACGCAACUGGGAGCCGCGUGCUUUCUUCUCACGCUUUUUCUAACAAAACAACAUCGGUUGUAUUUCAUAUCGAUUAGUUUACUCAUUAUAAUCUGCUUCACUGUCACAGCAGUAACGUAUUUCAUGAUUCAAAGAAAAAUGAAAAAACCUAUAACAAAUAAGUCAAAGAAUGCCACCGUAACUACGUCAAAUAAGGAAACUGCUGACCGCCGAAUGAACAAGACAAUAAUGACAAUAAUUCUUCUAUCGCUGGCGUGUUACCUGCCACAAUUUUGCGUCCUCGUAUUCUUAAGCAUUCACAAACGAACGGCGUGGCAUAUACAAUACAUGAUUCCAUGGGUGUAUAUUUUUACAUUCGCAACGCCAGCCAUUACCACAUUCGUGUACUGCUGGAAAAACCGUCAAUUGCAGAAUGAGAUGAUCAAAUGCAGCAAACGUUUCUUCCCAAGCUUUCACUCAAUCAAAAAAACCACCAGUUCGUCGACAAUCAACACAUCAGCAUCUUAGUUGCAUUAAACACAUGUUUAUUGGGUCUUGCGUAACGUUUACUUCGUGUAACAUUUAUUAUUCAUUGUUGUGUUAUUUUUUUGUGUGAUGUUUACUUAAUGCAAAAUUUACCUAGUGAAGUCUUUAAUUUACCUAGUGUGGUGUUUACUUUAUGUAAUAUUUACUUUGUGUCGUAUUUACUGUUACUUAAAUGAAAGAUUUACCACGUGACGUGCUUACUUCAUGCAACGUUUACA